CCUCCCUCCCACACCAAGGUCAAGCUCAUGUGCAGCUACGGCGGCCGCAUCCAGCCCCGCCCUCACGACAACCACCUCACCUACGUCGGCGGCGACACCAAGAUCCUCUCCGUCGACCGCCACGUCAAGUUCCCCGCCCUCCUCGCCAAGCUCUCCUCCCUCGCCAACGCCCCCUCCCUCCUCAAGUACCAGCUCCCCGGCGAAGACCUCGACGCCCUCAUCUCCGUCACCAACGACGACGACCUCCACCACAUGAUGCUCGAAUACGACCGCCUCCACCACCGCUCCUCCCCGCGCCCCGCCCGCCUCCGCCUCUUCCUCUUCCCUCUCCACUCCUCCUCCACCGCCGCCGCCGCAUUCUCCGCCGCGGACUCCAACCCCGACCGACAGUGGUUCGUCGACGCUCUCAACUCCGUCCAGCUUCCUCUCCUGGAAGGCUCCUCGCCGCCGCCGCCGCCGCCGAAUCCCGAUUUCCUCUUCGGAUUGGACAAGCCGACGCCGGAGGACGCUCCGCCGAAGGAGAAUUCAACUGCGGAGUUCGAAGAGAAUCGCCAAGCGGUUAGAGAAACCCUACCCGAACCCGAACCCGAGAUUAGGAACUUGCAAAUCGGGAACAAUAAUAACGAGCAGCGGAAAAUAAAUAACGAGGAGAGCGCUAACGGCAGGGCUUACGGCGUUAACCAAAAGAACGCGGAGAGCGUGACGCCGUUAGUGGCGCAUUCGCACGCGCAAGUGGUGCAUCCCGGAACGGUGUCGUUUCUGCAAGACAGGAAUAACGGGGGUUAUUCGCUGGCCAUGCCCACCUCGGGGAACGAGAUUUAUCUCAUUCAGACGCCUUCUGGAAUGUUCCAAGCAGUGCGGCCUGUUACCGGACCGGUGGGUCAACCGGUUUAUUUUGUCCACGCGCCCGGUUCAGUUCGUUACAGUGGUUCCGAGGCUGCAUCGGCGCCGGAGCACGGGUUCUCGGCGGCGGGUCGCGGCGGCGCGCGGUGGUGAUAUAGGAAUGAAGGUCUUUGAUUUGUUCGUUUUUUUGUUUUGGUACAGUGCGGGGUGAUAUUGGUUUUCAUUUUUGAUUGUGUGGGAUUAUAUUGGUUUGUUUUGGACAUUGUUUCUUGUGCAUAGGUGCGUCAUAGUGAAGAAGGGAUUCAGGAAUUGUUUUUGAGUUGAGAGUCUAAUUAGUACUUUCAAAUCAGUAUAUUGCUUUUUGUGUCAGUGAUCUAUUGACUAAUUGUCUCCCUUAUUCUUUCAGGAUUAUUCUUUUUGAGUUCCAUAAUUC